AUGGCGUACAAGAUACCCGGCGACUUUAAGUUCCCGGAGCAAGCCACCUUCGACGGAUCCGGCGACCCGCGCGAACAUCUUCUGAGUUACCAAGCCAAAAUGCAGGUCAUGGGGGUCCGGGAUCCCGUCAUGUGUCGCGCCUUCCUACCGACACUGAAGGGCUCAGCACAGAGAUGGCUGGUAGCUUUGCCCCCAGGCUCGAUUCACAGCUUUGAAGAAUUGGCCGAUCGCUUCAUGAGUCAUUACGCGGCUAACAUCAAGCCCCAAAAAGAUUUAACGCAUCUGGGAGACAUCCAUCAAGAGGAGGGCGAGUCCCUCAAAACCUACCUAGCCUGGUGGCAAAAAGAGAUCCAAUCCAUCGAGGAAGUUGAGGACCAGACUGCCCUCACCUUCUUCAUUGAGUCGUUACGAUCCGGGCAACUGUAUCGCGACUUACGGGACAACCGACCCGCCACCUAUGCGGAGGCCAUAAACAUGGCCAACAAGCGAGCCAAUACGGAACAAGCUAUGAAACACAAGCGACAGCAGGAAGUCGGAGGAUCCUCUGGUGGAAAACGAACCCGAACAGAGGUAAAGGAGAGACGUUCGGAUUCAGGUAGGCGACCCGAAGCCCGACGCAUAUACGAUAGGCCUAGCAUUCAGCCUUACCGGCCGACCUCCCAGCACCCGGUACACGAAGUACAAGCGCUCGCACCGCCUCCGCCUCUUCCGACCGGGGAGCACGCAAUAAAUGAGGACCCGGGUAAGACGUCUAAGUAUUGUCGAUACCACAAAUCAUACACCCACAACACAGAGGAAUGUUAUUACCUGAAGAUCAUGGAGGGGAUCAUCCAGCAAGGGACGCCGCCUCCCAACCAAUGGUGA